GGGCUAUCGACACAGAAGUUGUUCGAUUGGAUUUCCUUCACGUUUGAUCUAGAACGAUGUCGGAAUUUACAUGGGCAAUUUCCGGCAAGAGGGACAUAAAAAGUAUCAACACCUUUGAAUCGUCGCUAGAAUCAGCCACCACAUAGUUGUAAAACUUGGAGCACAUUUCAAAAGGUGGACCAAAUAUGAAUUCUAUAAUCAUUUCCGUAUUUUGCUUUCUUCUCAUAUCCGGUAUACAAUGCAUGCCUCCUCCAAAAGGCAUGUCCAUGCCUAUGCCAGGUGGAGGUGGUGGUAAAAUGAUGGGUGGCGGAAUGCCAAUGCCUAAGGAUGGUGGUAUGAUGAUGAUGGGUGGCAUGAUGCCUAUGGGUGGAAUGCCAAUGCCGAUGGGCGGUAUGCCUAUGGGAGGUAAAGGUGGAAUGCCAAUGCCACCAGGAGGAAAACCAAUGCCAAUGGGAGGAAUGCCGAUGCCAAUGGGAGGUAUGCCGAUGCCAAUGGGAGGUAUGCAGAUGCCAAUGAUGGGCGGUGGUAUGCCAAUGAUGGCUGGAGGUAUGCCAAUGAUGGGAGGUAUGAUGGGUGGUAUGCCAAUGAUGGGUAUUAUGCCAAUGAUGGGUGGUAUGCCAAUGGGAGGUAUGAUGGGUGGAAUGCCAAUGAUGGGUGGUAUGCCUAUGAUGGGUGGAAUGCCAAUGGGUGGUAUGAUGGGUGGAGCCGCCGCCGCAGGUGGAGAGACAGAGUAUGAACCCCCAGAACCAGCUGCGCCUGCUACACCAGCUGCAAGUACUACUCCACCAGCGGAAGCAGCUCCUGGUGCAGGUGCAGGUGGUAUGCCAGCUGGAGGAACACCAAUGCCAAUGGGAGGUAUGAUGAUGAUGAUGGCCAAAAUGCCUGGUGGUAAAAUGCAACCAAUGGGAAUGAUGCCAAUGGGUGGUAUGCCAAUGGGUGGAAUGCCAAUGGGAGGUAUGCCAAUGGGUGGAAAAGGUGGAAUGCCAAUGGGAAUGAUGCCAAUGGGUGGUAUGCCAAUGGGUGGAAUGCCUAUGGGAGGUAUGCCAAUGGGUGGAAAAGGUGGAAUGCCAAUGGGAAUGAUGCCAAUGGGGGGAAAAGGUGGUAUGUCAAUGGAAAUGAUGUCAAUGGGUGGUAUGCCAAUGGGUGGAAUGCCAAUGGGAGGUAUGCCAAUGGGUGGAAAAGGUGGAAUGCCAAUGGGAAUGAUGCCAAUGGGUGGAAAAGGUGGAAUGCCAAUGGGUGGUAUGCCAAUGGGUGGCAUGCCAAUGGGAAUGAUGCCAAUGGGUGGAAAAGGUGGAAUGCCAAUGGGUGGAAUGCCAAUGGGAGGUAUGCCAAUGGGUGGCAUGCCAAUGGGAAUGAUGCCAAUGGGUGGAAAAGGUGGAAUGCCAAUGGGAGGUAUGCCAAUGGGAAUGAUGCCAAUGAGUGGAAUGCCAAUGGGAGGUAUGCCAAUGGGUGGAAAAGGUGGAAUGCCAAUGGGUGGCGAAAUGUCUAUUGAAGGAAUGCCUAUGGGAGGAAAAGGCGGUAUGCCAAUGGGUGGAAUGUCUAUGGGUGGAAAAGGUGGUAUGUCAAUGGGGGGAAUGCCAAUGGGUGAAAUGUCUAUAGAAGGAAUGCCUAUGGGAGGAAAAGGUGGUAUGCCUAUGCCAAUGGGUGGAAUGCCAAUGGGUGGUAUGCCGAUGGGUGGUAUGCCGAUGGGUGGAAUGCCGAUGGGCGGUAUGCCGAUGGGAGGGAAGGGUGGUAUGCCAAUGGGUGGAAUACCAAUGCCAAUGGGUGGUAUGCCUAUGGGAGGUAAAGGUGGAAUGCCGAUGGGAGGAAAAGGCGGUAUGCCUAUGCCAAUGGGUGGAAUGCCAAUGCCAAUGAGUGGAAUGCCGAUGGGUGGUAUGCCAAUGGGAGGAAUGCCGAUGGGAGGAAAAGGUGGUAUGCCAAUGGGUGGAAUGCCAUCAAUGAUGCCAAUGGGUGGAAAAAAAAGAUAUAAGAGAUAUGCAUCGAAAGGUAAAACCGGUGGCAUGAUGGCUGGUAAAGGAAUGGGAAUGAUGGGAGGUGGUAUGGGCGGAGCUAAAGGUAUGGGCAUGAUGGAAGGUGGUAUGGGCGGAGCUAAAGGAAUGGGCAUGAUGGAAGGUGGUAUGGGCGGAGCUAAAGGUAUGGGCAUGCCAAUGAUGAUGAUGAUGCCGAAAAUGGGAGGAGGAAAAGGAAUGGGGAUGACGGAAGGUGGUAUGGGAGGAGGAAAAGGAAUGGGCAUGCCAAUGAUGAUGCCUGAGAUGGGUGGAAAAGCAAUGCCAACGAUGAUGCCUGAGAUGGGUGGAAAGGGAAUGCCAAUGAUGAUGCCUGAGAUGGGCGGAAAAGGAAUGCCAACGAUGAUGCCUGAGAUGGGUGGAAAGGGAAUGGGUAUGAUGAUGCCAAUGAUGAUGAUGAUGCCAGAGAUGGGAGGAAAAGGCAUGGGAAUGCCAAUGAUGAUGCCAGAGAUGGGAGGAAAAGGUAUGGGAAUGCCAAUGAUGAUGCCAGAUAUGGGUGGAAAAGGAAUGGGAAUGCCAAUGAUGAUGCCAGAGAUGGGAGGAAAAGGCAUGGGAAUGCCAAUGAUGAUGUCAGAGAUGGGAGGAAAAGGCAUGGGAAUGCCAAUGAUGAUGCCAGAGAUGGGUGGAAAAGGAAUGGGUAUGAUGAUGCCUGAGAUGGGUGGAAAGGGAAUGCCAACGAUGAUGCCAGAGAUGGGAGGUAAAGGAAUGGGUAUGAUGAUGCCUGAAAUGGGUGGAAAGGGAAUGGGCAUGAUGGAAGGUGGAAUGGGAGGAGGCAAAGGCAUGGGAAUGCCAAUGAUGAUGAUGAUGCCAGAGAUGGGAGGAAAAGGAAUGGGCAUGAUGGAAAAAAUGAUGAUGAUGAUGCCUGAAAUGGGCGGAAAAGGAAUGGGUAUGAUGAUGCCUGAAAUGAGCGGAAAAGGAAUGGGAAUGAUGAUGCCUGAAAUGGGUGGAAAAGGAAUGGGUAUGAUGAUGCCUGAGAUGGGCAGGAAAAAAAUGAGUAUGAUGGAAAAAAUGAUGAUGAUGAUGCCAGAGAUGGGAGGAAAAGGAAAGGGCAUGAUGGAUCAAGGAAUGGGUAUGCCGAUGAUGAUGCCUGAAAUGGGCGGAAAAGGAAUGGGUAUGAUGAUGCCUGAGAUGGGUGGAAAAGGCAUGGGUAUGAUGGAAAAAAUGAUGAUGAUGAUGCCUGAGAUGGGAGGAAAAGGAAUGGGUAUGCCAAUGAUGAUGCCUGAAAUGGGCGGGAAAGGAAUGGGUAUGAUGAUGCCUGAGAUGGGUGGAAAAGGCAUGAGUAUGAUGGAAAAAAUGAUGAUGAUGAUGAUGCCUGAGAUGGGAGGAAAAGGAAUGGGCAUGAUGGAAGGUGGAAUGGGUGGUAAAGACAUGGGUAUGAUGAUGAUGCCUAAAAUGGAAAUGAUGGGAGGAAAAGGAAUGGGAAUGAUGGAAAUGCCAAUGUCUAUGCCAAUGCCAAUGAUGGAUGGAGGAAUGGGUGGCAAAGAAAUGCCAAUGUCUAUGCCAAUGAUGAAAGGUGGUAUGCCAAUGCCAAUGAUGGGUGGCAAAGAAAUGCCAAUGUCUAUGCCAAUGAUGAAAGGUGGUAUGCCAAUGCCAAUGAUGGGUGGCAAAGAAAUUCCAAUGUCUAUGCCAAUGAUGAAAGGUGGUAUGCCUAUGCCAAUGAUGGGUGGCAAAGAAAUGCCAAUGUCUAUGCCAAUGAUGAAAGGUGGUAUGCCUAUGCCAAUGAUGGGUGGCAAAGAAAUGCCAAUGUCUAUGCCAAUGAUGAAAGGUGGUAUGCCAAUGCCAAUGAUGGGAGGAGGAAUGGGUGGCAAAGAAAUGCCAAUGUCUAUGCCAAUGAUGCCAAGCAAAAUGAUGGAAAUGAUGCCAAUGAUGGGAGGUGGAAAAGGAGUGUAUUAAGAAUUCAUACAGUCAAAAUCAACGAUAACACCUGAAGACUUUCGAAUUGUUAUGUCAACAUAAAAAUGCCAAAGUGUCCCUUUAUGUUUUGUUUAUGUUAUAUUUUGUAUAUCUUAUGAAUGUGCUCCAGUUUGUUUGUUAAUUUACUUAGUAAAUGCUGCAAAAAUAUGUUUUGUACUUAAUUUGCUAAUUCCAUACUAUACAGGUCAUAUUGU